UAAUAUUAAGAUGGUGAGAGCUCCGUUUAUUGACGAAAAUGGAGUGAAAAGAGGUGCAUGGAGUCCUGAAGAAGACGAUAAGUUAAGAGCUUAUGUUGAAAGAUAUGGACACUGGAACUGGCGCGAACUUCCCAAGUUUGCUGGACUAUCAAGGUGUGGAAAGAGUUGCCGACUACGAUGGAUGAAUUACCUUAGACCAGAUGUGAGACGUGGUAAUUACACAGCCGAAGAAGAAAAUACAAUCAUCAAAUUACAUCAACAACAUGGAAAAAAAUGGUCGAUGAUUGCUGCGAAAUUGCCUGGAAGAACAGACAAUGAAAUAAAGAACCAUUGGCACACCCACCUAAAAAAGCGUGCAAUAACUAAUAAUUACAAUAACAAUAAUAAUAGUGAUCACGAUCAAGAUGAUGAUGAUGAUGAAAACCCAACAAAAUCUCAGCAUUCAAGUGGGUUAUACUCUUCAGGGUGUGAUAAUCAUAAUCUCAAUCAUGAUCAUGGAGAAUCAUCAGAAGCUCAAAGUAGUAGUAGUAGUAGUACUAUUACUGAUCAUGUCUCUCCUCAAAUUCUGGAGAGCUCUCAAUAUUCAUCUGCUCCAUCACCCCAUAAUAAUAAUAAUAAUAUUAAUAGUACUACUGGAAAGUACUGUAGUAGUACUGAUGUUGGUAUAGUACUACAUGAGUCAUUAUUAAGUGAUCAUUAUGAAGAGUACGAUACCAGUUUCUGGACUGAACCAUUUGUGGAAGAUAAUAAAGUGUUCAUGCCCAUCCAAGAUGAUCAUCAGUACUACUAUAGUACUACAUAUUUUGGAGAUUCAGAAGCCAAUAAUAUUGCCUCGUUUUAUAAUCUUUCAUUGUAUAAUAUUACUGAUGAUCAAGGGAUGGUCAACGACUUCUUAUAUCAUAUAAAUACUAGCUAGUAUCUUAAACUAUGUCCUGUACUCAAUAGAGACGAAAAUUUAUGUAUGGAUCAUCUCCAUAUGUAAGUAUGUAACCAGUUUCUGUAUCUAUAUAUUGAUAAGUUUUGAUUAAAACAUCUUAACAAAGCUGGCUCAUCAGUUUUCAUUACAAUUAUUUUAGAACAUGUUGUAAAACUCUUUGGUCUUUGUGUUUCCAUACUGUAUAGUAUCUUUAAAUUUCUUUGUGUGCAAUAUUCUAUAUUUAUGUAUGUUCCCAUCCAGCAAUUUGUAAGCUG